AUGGCGGCCUUACCUGCUUUGAGAUGUAGGAUAUCUCAUGCGUGGGUCAAACUAUCAAACUCCGGGGAAGUCCUAAAGCUUCUGGUACUAAGCCAUAUAUGAAAAUAUAUGAGUGGCUGAACUAAUUACUCAGGUAUAGUAACAAGUCAGAAGAUGAUCGAAAGAGAAAUGGGUAAUCGCGGAUCUAAAUCAGCAACAGGUUUAAAUAUACCUACAAGCCAAAUAAAGCCUGGUGCUGUAAAAGAGCAACGAGUAGACGGUAGUUACGCUAAUAUUUUAGCGUUAAGGUGUACUCUAAUGGGCUUCGAAAGAAGUUAUCAAAUAAAAGUCCUUUCUAAUCAAAAAAGACUUUAUACUAGUUCUCAACAUAACGAGUUAAACCCUUGA